AUUGAGACCCUUUUUAACAGGACGAUGCUCAGCAGCAAAAGCAGCAGCUGGAUAUGUCGCAGCUGCCUUCUGCGGGCUUUUCGCCCUAUUACUCGGCGACCAGCACGGUUCUAUAGCUCCGCCACAACGCAAGAAUUUCUGUCAAAACCGCUCCUGGAUCGCGCGCGAUCCCUUGCAGCAGAGCACACGAAAUUAACAGAUAAACUUGCGAAUGACUUCGACACGGGCACGGCCAAGAAAGUUGGCGAACUUACACGGGUCGUGCAGGCGUUGAGCGCAUGGGAUAAAGCAAACAACUCACUAGACGAACUUAACACCAUCCUCACUGAUCAACAAAGCGAUGCGGAGCUGCGCUCACUCGCCGCCGAUGACAUUGCCUUGACCACCGACGAACUCUCUCAACUUUCACGCAGCCUCCAACUCGCGCUAAUCCCUCCUCAUCCCUUCGAACAUCUCCCAUGCCUUCUCGAAAUCCGUCCUGGCGCGGGUGGUUCUGAAGCCGCCAUAUUCGCCUCAGAUUUACUGCGCAUGUACCAAGCGUACUGUUCGAACCGCGGGCUGCGCGGAAGCAUCCUUAAGCUUGAAGAAACGGACUCGACAGGCAGUGCGUCGAAUGCCAUACAAGAAGCUAUUCUCGAAGUGGAAAACGAAGGCGCAUACGGUAUUCUGCGUUGCGAGGCAGGCGUGCAUCGUGUCCAGCGUGUGCCGGCGACGGAGAGCAAAGGGCGAGUUCAUACCAGUGCCGCGUCAGUACUGGUCUUGCCCUCGUUUCCGAGCAAUGGCAAUGAAUCGGAUCAGAAUAUUGAAGAAAUGUUCAAUGAUCCGAACAGCGAUUACUAUAUAGAUCCGAAAGAUGUGCGGACAGAUAUCAUGCGCGCGCGAGGAGCGGGUGGGCAGCACGUCAAUACCACUGAUUCGGCCGUUCGUUUGACUCACUUGCCUACCAAUACGGUGGUGAGUAUCCAGGAUUCCAGGUCGCAGCCGAAAAAUAGAGAAAAAGCGUGGAGGUUGCUGCGGGCAAAGAUUGCGCAGGCCCGCCGUGAGGCGCGAGAAGAGGAAAUGAUCAGCUUGAGAAGAAGUGUGGUGGGUGUUGCGAAGAUGGGUCGCGGUGACAAAGUGAGAACGUAUAACUAUAACCAGCAGAGAGUGACGGAUCAUCGGAGUGGUAUCACCGUGCAUGAUUUGCAAGAUAUCAUGGAGGGAGAUGGAAGUUUGGAGACAAUCAUGGAGAGCGUGAGAAGCUGGUUAAGUGAUCAGGAGCUGGAAGAAUUGAUGAUCAGUGAACAGGCUCAAGAUCAAAAAGCCCAAGGGCAACAGAACUCGAAAACUAAUAAGAAGGCUUAGUGGGCGUGCUGGACGAGCAUUAUGUAGCAACCAUUUCAGCUCUAUCUCUCAUCACUAUAGCAGGACAAUCAUAUUGCAAGUGGAGCAGAAAAGCCCCGAAACCACGGGUAUUAUAGAGAUGUUAAUUUUGAGAAUCGAUGUAGUAUAUUAAAGCAGAUUCAAUAUAAAGACGC